GCCAGCUGUGAGGCAUCUAAGAACUUUAGUCGCUAAACAACAGCCAAAAGAUCAUCAUGGCUCACUUUAUGUUAAGCUCAGUGAUUUUGGUGUUGCUUGUGAGUCUGGUGAAUUCGGCACCCACAGCUUCAGUUACCAAGUUCGUGCCGCCCAUUAACGAUAAUGGAGUUGUGCUGGUGCCAUCUGAGAAUAAUUAUUCCCUGAGGAUUGAUCUCGACGGCUCGACGCGGGAUGAGGUUGUUGAACAGAUUGCUCCAGAUGUGCUUCAAGUGAAGGGCACUCUUAGCCAGCGUUUUCCCGGAUCCACCAACCUGCUGGUCACCUACGAAGCUGGUCCCAAUGGAUAUGUGGCCAAGUAUAGCCUAUCUGGACAGCCUGAUGUAGGGAUCCAAGUUCAACAGUUACCACCCAAUGUGUUAAAAACUGCCGCUGGAUAAGUUUGUUUACAUCAACUUUGUACAACGCGCAAUAAAUCAGACAAGGUCUUUGAUUAUGUUUAAACUUCUAUAAAAUCCGAU